GGUGCCUGUAGCGGCUUGGGGGCGGCUUCUCGGCGGCGACGCGGCCGGCUGGUCUCUCGCGGUUCCGGGGCGGCGGCGGCGGCUCCUGCCCUUUCGCUCUCGUUGCGUCUCCGGCUGCAGGUGGAAAGAAAACCAGCCAGGAUGGAUAUCUACGACACGCAGACCUUGGGCGUCAUGGUCUUUGGCGGCUUCAUGGUGGUGUCUGCCAUUGGCAUCUUCCUGGUGUCCACCUUCUCCAUGAAGGAAACGUCGUAUGAAGAGGCCCUCGCCAACCAGCGCAAAGAAAUGGCGAAAAUUUACUACCAGAAAGUGGAAAAGAAAAAGAAGGAGAAAACCGUGGAGAAGAAAGGAAAGACCAAGAAAAAGGAUGAGAAACCAAACGGGAAGAUUCCUGACCAUGACCUGGGCCCCAAUGUCACCGUCCUCCUCAAAGAACCAACACGCACUCCUGCCUUGGCUGUGGCCCCAACCCCCAUCCAGGCCCCCCUGGUCUUUACCCCUGUUGCUGCAGUACCAGCCAUGCCCCAAGAGAAGCUGGGCUCCUCCCCAAAGGACAAAAAGAAGAAGGAGAAAAAAGUGGCCAAAGUUGAACCAGCAGUCAGCUCAGUAGUGAAUUCCAUCCAGGUUUUGGCCUCAAAGUCAGCCAUCUUGGAAGCUGCUCCCAAGGAGGUGCCGAUGGUGGCUGUGCCCCCAGUGGGUGCCAAGACCAGUGCCCCAGCCAUUAAUACGGCUCAGGGCAAGAAGGUGGAGGGGGCCCAAAACCAGGGCAGAAAGGGGGAGGGGAAUCAGAACCAGGCCAAGAAAGGGGAGGGGAACCAGAACCAGGCUAAGAAGGGGGAGGGGAACCAGAACCAGAGUAAAAAGGUAGAGGGAGCCCAAAAUCAGGGUAAGAAGGGGGAGGGGAGCCAGAACCAGGGGAAGAAGGUAGAGGGAGCCCAGAACCAGGGUAAGAAGGGGGAGGGGAACCAGAACCAAGGCAAGAAGGUAGAGGGAGCCCAGAACCAGGCUAAGAAGGGGGAGGGGAACCAGAACCAGGCCAAGAAGGGGGAGGGGAACCAGAGCCAAACUAAGAAGGGGGAGGGGAACCAGAACCAGGGUAAGAAGGUAGAGGGAGCCCAGAACCAGGGUAAGAAGGGGGAAGGGAACCAGAGCCAAACUAAGAAGGGGGAGGGGAACCAGAACCAGGGCAAAAAAGCAGAGGGUACCCCAAACCAGGGAAAGAAGACAGAAGGAACCUCAAACCAGAAUAAGAAAGGAGAAGGUGCCCAGAACCAGGGCAAAAAGGGAGAGGGAGCCCCCAGCCAAGGCAAAAAGACAGAUUCAAUUGCUAAUCAGAGCACAAAGGCUGAGGGUGGCACAAACCAGGGAAAGAAAGUAGAUGGAGCCCCCAAUCAAGGCAAAAAGGCAGAGGGAACUCCAAACCAGGGCAGAAAGGCAGAUGCAGCUGCCAGUCAGGGGAAGAAGCCGGAGCUAGCUCCUGUCCACAGUAAGAGUGCAAGUGCAGAUGUAGUGCAGAGCCAGGAGGCGCCCAAGCUGGAGGCUCCUGCAAAGAAGAAGUCUGGUUCCAAGAAAAAGAGUGAGCCUGGGCCCCCCGAUGCCAACAGCCCUCUCUACCUACCCUACAAGACGCUGGUCUCCAUGGUUGGAACCAUGGCGUUCAAUGAGGGUGAGGCCCAGCGGCUCAUCGAGAUCCUGUCUGAGAAGGCUGGUGUCAUCCAGGACACCUGGCACAAGGCCACUCAGAAGGGAGACCCCGUGGUGAUUCUGAAACGUCAGCUGGAAGAGAAGGAAAAACUGCUGGCCACAGAGCAGGAGGAUGCGGCUGUAGCCAAGAGCAAACUGAGGGAACUCAACAAGGAGAUGGCUGCGGAGAAGGCCAAGGCUGCUGCUGGGGAGGCCAAGGUGAAGAAGCAGCUGGUGGCUCGGGAGCAGGAGAUUGCAGCAGUGCAGGCACGCAUGCAGGCCAGCUACCGAGAGCACGUGAAGGAGGUGCAGCAGCUACAGGGCAAGAUCCGGACUCUGCAGGAGCAGCUGGAGAAUGGCCCCAACACCCAGCUAGCCCGACUACAGCAGGAGAACUCCAUCCUGCGGGACGCCCUGAACCAGGCCACCAGCCAGGUGGAGAGCAAGCAGAACGCAGAGCUGGCGAAGCUGCGGCAGGAGCUGGGUAAGGCCAGCAAGGAGCUGAUGGAGAAGGCGGAGGCGUCCCGGCAGGAGGAGCAGCAGCGCAAGGCCCUGGAAGCUAAGGCGGCCGCCUUUGAGAAGCAGGUGCUGCAGCUGCAGGUGUCCUACAGGGAGAGUGAGGAGGCUCUGCAGAAACGUCUGGAUGAGCUUAGCCGGGAGUUGUGCCGCACUCAGAGCAGCCAUGCCAGCCUGCGUGCCGAUGCCGAGAAGGCCCAGGAGCAGCAGCAGCGGGUGGCAGAGCUGCACAGCAAGCUGCAGUCCUCCGAGGCAGAGGUGAAGAGCAAGUGUGAGGAGCUGCGGGGGCUCCAUGGGCAGCUCCAGGAGGCCCGAGCAGAGAACACCCAGCUGGCUGAGCGCAUGCACUCCAUCGAGGCCCUGCUGGAGGCGGGCCAGACACGGGACACCCAGGCCAGCCAAGCUGAGGCAGAGCAGCAGCAGACCCGCCUCAAGGAGCUGGAGUCACAGGUGUCAUGUCUGGAGAAGGAGGCCAUUGAGCUCAGGGAGGCUGUGGAGCAGCAGAAAGGGAAGAAUAAUGACCUCCGGGAGAAGAACUGGAAGGCCAUGGAGGCGCUGGCCUUGGCCGAGAGGACCUGUGCAGAGAAGCUGCAAACCCUGACACAGGCCAAGGAGGACUCAGAGAAGCAGCUCCACCUGACUGAGGCGCAGACCAGGGAGGCCCUGCUGGCCCUGCUCCCGGAACUCUCUGCCUUGGCACACCAGAGCUAUGCCGAGUGGCUGCAGGAGCUCAGAGUGAGGGGCCCCGAGCUGCUGAAGAUACCGUCGGAGCCCCCUCAGGACGUGACCUCCAAGCUGCGGGAGGCCGAGGAGGCCCAGAGCACUCUGCAGGCCGAGUGUGACCAGUACCGCGCCAUCCUGGCUGAGACGGAGGGCAUGCUCAAGGACCUGCAGAAGAGUGUAGAGGAGGAGGAGCAGGUGUGGAAGGCCAAGGUGGGCACCAAGGAGGAGGAACUGCAGAAGUCCCAGGUCACAGUGAAGCAUCUCGAAGACACUAUAGAGAAGCUCAAAGGAGAACUUGAAAGCUCAGAUCAGGUGCGGAAGCACACCUUGCACUUGGAGGCAGAGCUGGAGAAGCACAUGGCUGCCGCCAGCGCCGAGUGCCAGAGCUACGCCAAGGAGGUGGCAGGGGUGAGGCCAUCCGCCCCAGUGGCCCUUGCCCAGCAGCUGAGGCAGCUGCUGUUAGAUUCUCAAUCUCAGCUAGACGCAACGAAGAGUGAAGCCCAGAAGCAGAGCCAAGAGCUCGCCCUGGUCAGGCGGCAGUUGAGUGAGAUGAAGAGCCAUGUAGCAGAUGGUGAUGUGGCUGGAUCCCCAGGAGUCCCCUCAGCCAAGCAGGACCCUGUGAAGCUGCAAGCACAGCUGGAGCGGAUGGAGCUCGCCCUGGAGGAGGAGCAGGUGCAGCGGCAGAAGCUCACAGCUGAGUUUCAGGAGGCACGGAGCACGGUGUGCCAACUACAGGAAGAGCUGGAGAUGCUGCGUGCCACUGGCCCCCCGGCAUCUCUGGGCACUGAGGAGGUUGCACAGCUGAAGGAGAGACUAGAGAAAGAGAAGAAGUUAACAAGUGACCUGGGUCGUGCCGCCAGCAAACUGCAGGAGCUUCUGAAGACCACCCAGGAGCAGCUGGCAGAGGAGAAGGACAAGGUGAAGCAGCUGCAAGAACAGCUGGAAAAAGUGGAGGAUGGCAGUGGUCCGAAAGAGGGCACCUCCGUCUGAGCCUCCGUGGAGAGAAGUUACUGUUCCUCUUACCAAAAUGCCUUACACAUUCCUCACAAAUAAACCAACGACACAGAGUUCCCAGGCCCAACUUCUAGAGGCUCCAAGAGAAGCCAUUGGAGACGAUCAUCUUCCAGACGCCGCUGCACAAGAACCUGUCACAUUUGGAAAACACUAUUCCCAGAGUGGCCCAGCAGCCUCCACAGAUGCCAGAGUGCCUGUGACCUGACACAUGGGCCUGGGUGCACGGGGAGGCCGGGAUGUGGGUCGACGCCAGCCAGUGCAAUUGUCGAGUUUCUCCUCAGUGGGGUGGGGGUGGGACAAGGCCAGAUGGGGGUGGGGAGUUCGGGGACCCUUGGAAGCCAGAGCCCAGCCCCUCAAGGCCACAGCCCUCCCCCCUGAGUCACCACAUGGAACUGUGUGUGACCUCCUGGAUGUUGAUGCCAUUAAACCAACGUGUUGCCCGGC